AGCUGCCACUGUGUGGGUCCUUCGAAAUUUACAUGGAGUGGUUGAGCUCCAAAAGUUAGUUGGGAUUGUGAACUUAGUUGAAUAUAAGUCAAAUUAACUCCAGUUUGGAUUAAUGUGAUUUAUCGAAGGGAAGUGAAAAGUUAGGUUUUCAGCAGCCAUGACUGUCGUAAUUGGGUUUGAAGGCAGUGCCAAUAAGAUUGGUAUAGGCAUCAUCAGAGAUGGUGAAGUGCUUUCCAACCCUAGACGGACCUACAUCACUCCACCUGGUCAAGGGUUCAUGCCGAGUGACACAGCCAGGCACCACCGUGCUGUCGUACUGACUGUCCUGAAGGAGGCGCUGGAGCAAGCAGGCCUGAAACCUGCAGACAUCAACUGUGUGGCGUACACCAAAGGUCCUGGUAUGGGAGCUCCCCUGGUAACAGUGGCUCUGGUGGCUCGUACAGUCGCACAGCUUUGGGGGAAGCCGCUCCUCGGUGUCAAUCACUGUAUCGGACACAUAGAAAUGGGCCGACUCAUCACCAAAGCCAACAACCCUACAGUGCUUUAUGUCAGCGGUGGCAACACACAGGUUAUUGCGUACUCAGAGCGGCGGUACAGAAUAUUUGGGGAGACCAUUGACAUUGCAGUUGGAAACUGUUUAGACAGGUUCGCCAGAGUUAUUAAGAUUUCCAAUGAUCCCAGUCCAGGCUACAACAUAGAGCAGAUGGCCAAAAAAGGGAGUCAGUACGUAGAGCUGCCAUAUACAGUGAAAGGAAUGGAUGUGUCAUUUUCUGGGAUUUUAUCCUAUAUUGAGGAAGCUGCUAAUAAAAUGCUGAGUUCUGGUCAGUGUACAGCAGAAGACCUGUGUUUCUCCCUUCAGGAGACGGUGUUCUCCAUGCUGGUGGAGAUCACAGAGCGGGCCAUGGCUCACUGUGGCUCCCAGGAAGUCCUCAUCGUUGGGGGAGUUGGCUGUAACCUUCGUCUGCAGGAGAUGAUGGGGGUGAUGUGUCAGGAGCGAGGAGCCAAGCUGUUUGCUACAGAUGAAAGGUUCUGCAUAGACAACGGAGCAAUGAUCGCUCAGGCCGGCUGGGAGAUGUUUCGGUCCGGUCAGGUGACGGAGCUGGAAGAUUCAUGGAUCACACAAAGGUACAGAACAGAUGAGGUGGAGGUGACAUGGAGAGACUGACUGCACUGAAUGCCAUCAUCCUUCUAAAUAUUCUGAUGCAGCAGGUCUGUUCGGACAUGUCAGAUGUAGGACAUCUGACCUCUACAGGGACAACUGAACUGAACUCUGCCGCGUGCAUGCUGCAUGAUGUGAGAUUCUUCUCUGUCAAAUGAUGCAUUUUUCUUAAAGGGUUUUAUGUAGUUUGCUGGUGUUUAAACAGUAAGUCUGGUGAUGUUCUAUAUUUUCAUUGUCAGCAGACCUUUUUCACAGCAGGGAAACCACAGGUGGAAUUCAAGAUGGCCCAGUUCCAGUAGGUGUUCCAGUAAAAGUCAUGAAUGAGCUAAAGCAGAACCUCUAAACAGUUGGAAUGCAGCCAUCUUUAAUGUAGAUCUCCUGUUCUCUGCUGUGAAAAAGGUGCACUACAGAAAGACCAAAACAAAGAUCAGCCAUGGUUCAAUAAUGUUUUUUAAUGUGCAUUUUGAAGUACUGCAAUACAAAAAGGUAAUGCAAACAGCAAACUCUGAAAAAAAACAGAACAAAAAAACAUGUUUUUACACUCACUUGAGGUGGUUUUUGACUUAUUCACAAAGAGUUAAUGACCUAAAGGAAGAUGAAAACGAUUCACAUGACCAAUGAGCUGUUUUUAUGUCUUCUGUUGUCUUCAUGUCGAGACAGGAUGAACAAUUACAACUUGCCUGACUGAAAUAUCCUUGAGACUCCUCUGAAUUGUUUUUCUUGUAGAAGCUUUGUUUGUUUCUGCUUCAUGGUGCUUUGGCAUUACGGCGUAGAACUGGUUGUCUUAUCAGUUUCUUCUGCUGUUUUUCACAGCUGAUGUGGAGUGUAGUCCAAACUUUUACCUCCUGAUGACACUGUGUAUCCCUGCUUCUUAAAGUUUUUGCAACUUUUCAACAGUUCACUUCAAAUUCUCUUGACAUACACUAUCAUUCAAAAGUUUGUGGUCACUUAGAAAUGUCCUUAUUUUUGAAAGAAAAGCAGCUUUAUUCAGUGAAGAUAACAUUAAAUGAAUCAGAAAUACAGUGGAGACAUUGUUAAUGUACAGGGGUGGACUGGCCAUCUGGCAUACCGGGCACUGUAGAAUAUGUUGUAGAAUUGUAGUAAUUGUGGGCUUACUGAUUAUCAGUAUUUUAUUUUUUAUUGAUUUACGGUAAUAAAUACAUUUAAAAAUGGAGCUACUUUGGCUCUGAACCUUUAUCUAGUUGUGGUCGCUCUGUCUUCUGGAGUGAUUUGAUUGGUUAUACGUCAUGAAUAAAACUCCUUUAACUAAACAUCUGUAAACAAAACAAAAACGUAUCAAAGUUUUCUGUUAGAGUUUGUGUUCUAAGUUUAACUCCCAAGAUUUUAAAUACUUUCAUUGACUGCAACUGAAUAUCUGCUCCAAAUGUCUCACUAAUAAUCAUUAUCAGCCUUAAAAACCCACAAACACCCCUUUAUACUGGACCACCCUUAGUACAGUCCAGUCCCCUUCUAUAAAUCUGCUUGGAAUCUUCCACUUCCUGUUUGUCAAAGUGGCCUUCUACCUGGACAGGUUUUGUUGGAGCUCAUGCAACAAACAUUUUGGGUAACUGCACUUUAAUAUGGAUGGAUGACACUGAAUUAGAGUCUGUUUUAAUGAGACUGAGUUCAGAUGUGUAGCUCUGUCAUUAAAUAGGAAAUUAUUUCUCAGAAUUCACAGAGAAAAGUGAAAUGUUUGCUAGGAUAGCGUCCCACAUGUUCUGUGGCUCCGCUAAAGCGAACUCUCUCCAACUUCUGGACCUCUUGAGUUGCUUGUUGUUCAAAUAUCUUGCUGGAGGUGCUGAAGCUCAGAAAGUCUGAGAUGUUUGUUCAAAAUAAGCUCAUUCUCAAGUCUGAUCUGAACUGUCCUCUUUUGUUUGAACUUUCCCUAAACUUAGGAGUUAAUGACAGAGCAGCACAUCCAGACUCAGUGACAUUUAUGUAGAAAUUAAACUUCAGUGUCAUUCAUUGAUGAUAAAGUGCAGUUUUUCAGAUGUUUGUUGCACAUGCUCCCAACCAAACCAGUCCAGGUGGAAGACGAUGUGAAGAGAAGCUCCAGAGGAUGAAUAUCACACAUUUACAUUGGAAAUAAAUGUCCUUUAAUUAGACAUUGUCAUGCAGAAGUUGGAUUUCCCUUUAAUGAAGUUCAAGUCUUUGUUGAGUGUUUUGUUGAUGCUGGUUUCUAAAUGAAGAGUUCAUUUGCAAAAAUAGAUAACUCAGUUUUGAUAAAUUUUCAGAAAGCUUUUUUUAUUGUUUACUUGAGAUAAUAUAUAUCAAACUGAAGUUGAGUGGAUUUGACUCAGUAGAAAAAUGCAUGACAAAAUAGAGAAAAAAUAAAUUAUUAGUGUUAUUAUCGCAAGUAAACAAUAAAAAAAAUGAGUUUUCUGAAAACGAAGUUACCUGUUUUUGCAAACGAACUCCUCAGAUGUUUUCUGACACUCAGCCCCAAAGAUUAAAACCUUCUACGGCUCACAAGCUGCAACAACUCACACAUUAUCAACUAUCUUUCUGACUAAACUAACAUAAAAAGUGAAAAACUGAUUCCUGCAUCAUGAAUGUAGAUCUUUUUGGUUUUUAUGACAGUAAACUGAAUAUAUUUGGGUCUAACAUUUUAUUAACCACAACAAGAAGUGAAUUACUGGAGAAAACAAUCAACAGAUUAAUGGACAAAGAAAAUGUGUUUUCCAACAUAUCUGGCUGAAUCACUCCAACAUUACAAGAUAAAUGCAAUUUAAAUUCAAUUUUAUUUAUAGAACGCCAAUUACAGGUCAAAUUGUCUCAAGACGCUUUAUAUUUUUUGUCAUAUUAAAAAUAUGACAAAGUAAGAAAUUUAAACCUCUUGUCUAAUCCAAUUUAUUAUUUGGUUUUUAAGAGACUAAUGGACAACUAAAAUAACUUUCUCCACUAAAACUAAUAAACAUGAGGUCAAAUAGAAGGAACAGUUUUAAAUCAUGCAGUCCCACGAUGACAAGAAAAAGUUUGUCAGCAAAAACUAAAUCUGCUAGUGGAUUCCAUUAAAGUCCUAAUAAAAGAUAAUAAAGUGUGAUACUAAAGGUUUGUGGUGCUAAAAAAUCUCGAAGUAAAGAUAUCAAGUUGAACAUCUGGAUGGAGGCUGAUAAAAGUUGACCUUCCUUCAUUUCUCUGGAGUGACUCCAUGGAUUUUAGGGAUGCUGGUUAAAGACCUUGGGCCUCAUUUAUAACGCUUGCGUAUGCACAAAACAGCUAGAAAGUGGCGUACACCACUUUCUACGCAAAGGUUGUGAUUUCUAAAAACAAACUUGGCGUGACAAUGUGCGCCAACCUUGAUGCUUGCUUACGCACAUUUUGGAGACAGAGAGAACGGCAGUGCCAGAGGGUGAAGUGGUGAAUUGAAACCAGAUUGAUCUCAAACCUUUAUUGUUAUCACAUAUUAGACUUGUAGAGCCGGAUAAUCAUAAACCCUCAUUGUUGUAGAUGUUCAUAUAGUGCGCCAUUCAGCCUACGACUGUAUUUGCAGAACUAUGUUCAUAUAUAAAGAACCACAUUUACCAAGACAACUAUCCAGUACAAAGCCCUAAAACUCACCAAGAAACACAUUAAAGACAAUUUUACUGCUGGAAGCUGCAAGCCAACGCCUAAAGAACCAAUUAAAGCAACGGAACCAAACCUCAUGUAGAAUUCCAACUUAUUUUGGAUCCUUGUGGAGAGUUUAAUCUUAGAGUUUGUAAAGCUGUUGAGUUUUUAGAGUCACAUGGAUUGUUUUGACAUUUGAUAACUGAGUCCUUUUCAACUGUAAAAUUACAGUUGUGGAUUUCUGUCAUUUAGUCUGGACUAAACAAAUAACAGCAGCAUAAAGCUCAAACGUCAUUAUGAGGAGUCUGGAUUGAGGUUUCUCACUUGAUAAUGAUCAAAAUAUGAAUUUUAAGUUGGUUUAAAGGAAUAUUCCACCUUAAAUCUUUGAAUGUUGACCUGAAAGGUUGGUUUCAGGAAGUAUUCCACCUACAAGGUCCUCACACAUCCACCUUAAAGGAACAUUCCACAAAAAAUCCCUGGACAUGCACCUAAAAUUUUGUUUUAACUGAGUAUUCCAUCCAAAAUCCUCAAAGAGACCUGAGGGGCUGGUUAAAAGGAAUAUUCCACCUAAAACCUCAGCAAGGGCAGUAUGUGUAGCAGCGACAGCAGAAAGACGUCCUCUCUGGAUGCAAGAACUAUGUCCGAGUAGCAGCUCCCUUUCUGCUCUUUUUUUACUCACUAAACUCAAGUACCAUAGAGGACUCCAGUAAUUUAUGUUUCCUGCUGCAACCUUCUCUUUUUCAGCUUUCUUCCACGUCCGAUCGCUCCCAACCCGGUUUUUGUUGAUGUUUUUGAGUCUUUUUCCGAGCUUUGACCAAUCUAAGAACAUGAAGUACAUCAUCGGCAUCGGUGGCGUAACCAAUGUAGGGAUCAAGAACCUGCCCCACUGCUGCAUGGUCCAUCAGGAUGACUUCUUCAAGCCUCAAGAUCAGAUUGAAGUUGGUGAAGAUGGGUUUAAGCAGUACGAUGUCAUCACUGCUCUGGACAUGGAUGCCAUGAUGAGUCUGUUCUAUGCGUGGCUGGAGAACCCGGUGAAGUCUGAGAAGUCUCAUGGUGUAAAGAACACCCUUGACACAGAGAUCAUCCCGAAGUCCGACCACAAGAAGGAGGAGGAGACUCACAUCCUCACUGUGGAGGGCUUCCUGCUUUACACCUACAGGCCUACAGGCCUUUGAUGGACGUGCUAAACCAACAUUACAUUAUUUUCAUCCCAUAUGAAGAAUGCUAAAAGAGGAGGUGCUCUAGGAAGUACACAGUGCCAGACCCCCCCGGCCUGUUCGAUGGCCACGUCUGGACCAUGGACCUGCAACACAAGAACAUCUGCUCACUGUGAAAGAUUAUUGAGAGCAGCUUUUUGUGAUUUCUAUGCAGAACACUAUGAUGUUUGCUGAGUUGUGAACUGUGAAUUUUUGUUCUGAAAAUCCGACCUCUCUGGCAGUUUUUUUGUCAUUCAAAAAUUAGUGCUUGAUUCAGUCAACCAUAAUGUUUUGGGCCGGUGUGGGCCAAAAAUGCCAGAGCUGAUCUUUUGCCCCAGUCCAUCCCUGUUACUGUAUUAAUGUGGUAAAUGACUAUUCUAGCUGGAAACGGCUGAUUUUUAAUGGAAUAUCUCCAUAGGGGUACAGAGGAACAUUUCCAGCAACCAUCACUCCUGUGUUCUAAUGCUACAUUGUGUUAGCUAAUGGUGUUGAAAGGCUAACUGAUGAUUAGAAAACCCUUGUGCAGUUUUGUUUGCACACGAAUGAAAAGUGUGAGUUUUCAUGGAAAACAUGAAUUAGUCUUAGUGACCCCAAACUUUUAAACAGUGGUAUAUACUAGAAACGUGCAUCCAGCAGUAAAAAGAGCUACAGGUAAAACUAGACAAGCUCUCAGUAGAUGGCAGAACCACGCCCAUGCAUGAUACUCUGUAUCUAUUUUGAUCAUCCUACGUAUAUCCCUUCCUAUACAAAUGAUGCAAUAUUCAAGAAAUGUGCUAAGUGACCCCUGUGACCUUGACCUUGAUCUGCUGACCUCUAACUCCACAACUGAGCAGGGGACCUUAGACCGACCUUCAGUGCCAAGUUUGAUUAUCCUGACUUCAGCACUUAGAGAUAUAUGAACGGACAUACACACAUACAUACUUACCCAGCCAGCCAGAUACCGAAGCGAAUGCAGUAACCCCGCUGACGUACACGUCAGGCGUGGUUAACUGCUCUCAACUGCAAAAAAGGUGCGAAUUGAAUGUAAAACCUGAACCGCUAACAAGAGUGACAUUUCUAUCUUGAUGGGAGUGGUCUCUUCCAAGGACUUAUAAGGCACAAGGGAUCACUGAAUGGCUCGAUGUGAAUUAACUUGACGUGAAUCAUAUGCAAUGACCUUCAUAGUCACUAGAUCUUGACCCAGUUGAACACCCAUGGAAGAGAAGUUAUACUCUCCACUUAUGGCAUCAAAACGCCAAAUAAUUCUUGGAAAAAAUAAGUCUUUUAAAAUACUGGUGUUCAUUCUCUUAGUGUAGUUCAGAGAUAUAUAAAAAGUUGUGAAGUUCUUCUGGUAGCAUGUGACGGCCCAACACCUCACUAAGACAUUUCAUUUUGUUUUUUCCCUUUAAUUUGUCACCUCUUUGUACUUCUGAAUGGUCAGUUUUACAUUUUAAAAACAACUAUGUAAUCAUCCAGCAAAGUUGCUGAAUAGAUUUUUCUACCUGACAUUAUUUGUCGCCAAACCCUGAUAUAUCUGGUUCCACCGCCAUCCAAAACCUGUUAAAACCACAUCGGAGAGACAUUGUUGCAACACGCUUCUCCGUUAUCAGGAAUACACAUUUAUUUACACGUAACCCAUCCUGCUGUCAUAAAUACUUCAACUCAAUGUUAGGCUGUAUUGGCUGAACAAGAUUGUGUUGGCUCGUUCCACUCACGUGGAUCUACAUGAACUCUGCUUUAUAAGAUAUUGUAGUGGCUGUGGGGAGUCGCUGGGGACGCUGCAGCGAGUGACUGUGUUCCGGGUGGGAGAGCUGCUAGGCAUCAUGGGAACUUAUGUGUUCUUUGGGAUUGCUUUGUGGGGUUAUUUAUGUGAUUUGAGACGUUCUCUUAUUACUGGUUGUUUUUCAUUGUUAUAGUCCUACAUUCUGGAUUCAUUUGGUGUGUUCACUGUUUUCACUGUACCGUGAGUCAGGGGGGUUGUUGGAAGAAUGACCUCGGCCUGCGAGCCAGAACAGUGGGUGUGAAUUUCCUGAGUGCUUAUUGUGGUGGUGACAAUAAAUCCCUGGUGUGUGAACUGCAAGGUCGUUCCUGCCUUAAAUUGCGGGUCAGCACUACAUUGGUGUCAGAAGUGGGAUGGAACUCGCCCGACUGCAGAUGGAGGAAGAACUGAGGGAGCUUCAACAAGCUGUCACCAAGAGCAGCCUCUUGGGUGCAAACCCAAGAGGAAAAGAGCCAGCCAGCGGAGAGUUCGCUCCCGUAAUCCCCGACAGCUUCACCACCCCUUGAAGACACGGUGGGCCGCCACAGGCCGCGAAGCCGACGCCGCAGCAGCCGCAAGCAGGAGAGAUGCUCCAACAGUCAGCUGCCGACCACCACCAGCCAAGAGCGGGGAGCCACCGGGCGCCGCUGCCACCGCUGCUGCACAAAAAGCGCCUGCCAAGCUGCCGAAGUAUGACGGAGAGGGAGCUCGCGCCGUACCUAGCCCAGGCGGAGCUGGCAGCGCAGCAGAAUGGCUGGAGCAGAGAAGACACUGCGACAAGCCUCACCCUUGCUCUAGAGGGGAGAGCAGCCCGGGUGCUACUGGACCUCAACCCAGGGCAGCGACACGAUCUGCGGGCUCUAACUACCACAUUAGAGAGGAGCUUCGGUGAGAGACUGUCCACCGACAAGAACCGAGAGCAGCUGAUUGGUCGCCGCCGCCAAGAGGGAGAGACAUUCGCCGCUGAUGUGGAGCUCCACGCCCAGCAAGGUUACCCCCACUUUGAAGCGGCUGUCCAAGCUGAGCUGGCCCUCCACGCCUUCAUGAGGGGCCUCACACCAGAGAGACUCCGACAACACGUCUGCCUCGCCUCGCCACAAACACUCAGCGAGGCCCUACGAGAAGCUGAGAGAGUGGAACGUGCGCUCACGUCCCGGCCGGCGGGUUCCCCCACGACUUCCGCGUUCAGGCCGCACGUCAGGAUGGCUGAGCGCGGGCCCGAAGAAGAGGAGGAGCGGGAGGCCGAGCCGCCUAUGCCGCCGCCGCUCCCCAGACGGCUGCUACCGGUACCAUGAGCCUGACCACUUCGCACGAGAUUGCCCGGCACCCGCACCGUGAAAGUCGAACUCCGGGAAACGAGAGAAGAGUAGCACUGGGAGGGAACCGCCACUCCAGAACCCCCUCCCUCAUCCAGGACAAUGCACGCUGGUGGGACAGUGCGGCCAUGCCAAGGGGCUGUAUCUGCCCUGCUACAUUGACAAACAACACUGCCAUGCACAACGGGCCAUCCCUCCGCCGACUGGGCAGCCACUGACGCCAAGCUGAUGACAGUCUCCGGCGAAAGGAUCGGCAUGGGUGGGAGGAAGCAGCUGACUGUCCGCGCCGGCGACCGUGAGGUGAGACACGAAUUCUGGCUCGCUGAUAUCCAAGCCCCGUGUAUUAUUGGACUGGAUCUGCUGAGCUGCUGGAAAGCACGAAUCGACGCCGACAGGAAUAACAUCAUCCUGGGUUCCAGUAUCUUCAUGCUGCUACCGGGCCAGGGAGAAUACUGCGCGAGAGAGCGAGAGGUUCACUCCGCCGCCGUCAAGCAAGAGGUUCACUCCGCCACCCUCAAGCGAGAGGUUAACUCUGCUGCUAAAGAGCAAAUACUGUCCUCAAUCACGUCCGCUGGGCGAGAGCGGUCCUCAAUCACGUCCGCUGAGCGAGAGCCGUCCUCAAUCACGUCCGCUGAGUGAGAGCAGUCCUCAAUCACAUCUGCCGACCAGAGGCAGCGCCCCGCCGAGACCACGGCCCCCGGGACGAGCUCCCCCAUGCCGGCAGAUCGCUCCAGCGAGACCGCUGAGGUGAUUGAAGACCUGUUGCAGCGUAGCAGCACCGGGCUAACUCCACACCAGCAGCAGUAGCUGAAAAUGCUCCUGGAGGAGCACAAAGACAUCUUCGUGGCCAAUGUUAAAGACUGCCAGCGGACCUCCCUGGUCCAACACCGCAUCGAGAUGGGAGACGCCCAGCCCAUCCAUCUGUGCCCGGGUCGGGGCCACAACCUCCUCCAACUGCUGGUCCCUCGAGCGCUCCGUUCCAAGGUCCUGGAUUCGGUCCACGGCAUGGUGGGGACCGGGCACUACGGCGCCGCCAAGACGCAGCAUCGACUUCGUAGCCGGUUCUACUGGCCGGGCUGUCGGCGAGACGUGGAACUCCACGUGCACUGCUGCGACAUCUGUACCGCCCAGAAGGGACCGAGCCAGCAGUCCCACGCGCCACUGCAGCGGUAUCUUGUGGGGGCCCCAAUGGAGCGCAUUGGGGUGGACAUCCUCGGCCCCUUUCCCGUCACUGACUCCGGGAACCGCUACGUCCUGGUGGCUAUGGACUACUUCACGAAGUGGUCAGAGGUGUACGCGGUUCCCGACUAGAGUGCCUCGAAGACGGUGGAGUGGCUCGUGGAGAUGUUUGCCUGGUUCGGGGUCUCUGAGGAGCUGCACAGUGACCAGGGGCGGAACUUCGAGAGCCAGGUGUUCGCUGAGGUUUGCAAGCGGCUGGGGGUGACCAAGACCAGGACCACGCUGCUACAUCCCCAGAGCGACAGGAUGGUGGAGCGCUUCAACAGGACCCUGGCCACCCAGCUGGCCAUCCUCACCGGCCGCCACCAACGCAACUGGGACCGCCAUCUGCCCCUGGUCCUGUGGUCAUACCGCUCUGCCAUCAUUGUCGUUCCACACGCCACCGGUGGCGGCCCAGACACUUGGACCCUUACUGUUCAUGGCUCAGGGGUUUCGGGGACGUGUAAACCCCUUAGGUGGGGGCUAUGUAGCGGCUGUGGGGAGCCGCUGGGGUCGCUGCAGCGAGUGACUGUGUUCCGAGUGGGAGAGCCGCUAGGCAUCAUGGUUCCCAUGAUGCCUACCGGCUUUGGGAUUGCUUUGUGGGGUUAUUUAUGUGAUUUGAGACGUUCUCUUAUUACAGUUUUUGUUUUCAUUGUUCUUAUCCUACAUUCUGGGUUCAUUUGGUGUGUUCACUGUUUUCACUGUACCGUGACUCAGGGGGGUUGUUGGGAGAAUGACCUGCCAGCCUUUGUCCAGCCUUUCGCCCUGGACAUCUGUGAGAUGCAUAUAGUAUUGUUUCGAUCCUUUUUUAGUAACUUUUGAAGGCGGUUUCCUUGUCUUUUCGUCAUCUUUGCUCGUAUCUGUGGUAGAUACAGUCGACGCCAUGUUGUUUUGAUCUGAUACCACAGUAACAGAACUCCGCUCCUAUUGGUCCACGUGACCAAAAACCGCUGCACGUAUUGCAAAUUCUACUCCGCCCGUGUAAAUAUCACUACGCCACAUUAAAAAAAACACCAACACAAAAACGCUAAUUAUUUAAAAAUGACUGGAAAUGGUGAGUAGAAACUUUUUUGGGUACUAAUUAGCAAUAGAUAUACAGCCAUGGCCAUAAGUUUGGACACAAGUACCAUGACGCUUGUGAAUCUUAGAACAUUUUGGUUGAUGGCUAUGACUGGUAUUUAUAUUGUGACAAUUUUGUAGUAUUUUCUGUUUUUCAGUACACCAGUGUUGCCUGUUAGUGCUCAUAGUGGGAACUGUGUUGGAUGAAAAGGUCAGAUGUCAAAUUAUAAGGCUCAGACAUCUUCCAUUUUCCAAACUCACACCUCUUAAAAUUCUGAUGGCUGACGUUUUAAAUGAGCUUCAAAAGAGGCACCAAUACAGUUUAAUUGCCGAUAGUUCUGUUUUGGCUGAUGCAAUUACGGAGCAAAAAAUGCAAAGAGGAUCUCACAAAAAAGUAUUUGUACUUCUUCAGAAUGUCUCUGGGCUUUGAGCUGUUUUUGGAAUAAAGCUUCAUAUUGUUUAACAUACUGGACCUGUAGCAAAUGUUUAUUGGCCAAACUGGUUCCACAUUUGCGGUGCAUCUCUGCAAAAUCUUCAGUGCUGUUUUUUGGGCGCAUAAUUCGCUGGUACAGAUUCAUGACAGUUUUUUGUAUAGUUACAACAUGAGAAUGUUCGUGAAGCAGCAGUUAACUGAUCACGUGUUCAAAUAAAGAGGAAAAACAUGGAUCUUCAAGUUUAUUCAUUUUUAUUAAGCAAUACUGUUCUCUUACAUUCCUCCUUCUCCAGUGUAAUUCUUUAAAUUCAAUAAAUUCUUCUCAAAAAUCAACAUACUGAACAUGGUGAUAUCCCUUAUGGAUGUAUGAGUAACAUUCGCCCGACUAGGGACCAAAUAAAAACAAAGAAAAAAAAAAAA